CGUUGAUGUCCCUGCGAAUAGAAUAGAACAGCUAUGCCAUGUAGUCCUAAACAUGAAGAGUUGUAGCAGAGGUACAUCUAGAGAGAGUUACCUGCAACUGUCACAUGGGACAUAACCAGGGAACCUCCCCAGCUAGUGUGUGUACAUUGAUUUCCAGACGAGGGCAGCAGAGAGCCUCGAUGGUGAGAAGAAAUGUCACGUGACACGUUGGGCCUAGAGCACAGGACAUGAGUGUGUUGACAAAAAUGUUGCAGUGCUCUGCCUUCAUAUGCGCUUCACCAUUCUCUCUAUCAUCUCUUUUCAGAUCACUGGUCUUUCUUUUUUUACUGGUCUCCUGAAACUCCUGCGGCCUGCGUCGGCUGACUGAACAGCCUCAGUAGGUUUCAAAGAACGUCAGGAUAUCUCGGUCAUGGCCAAGAGUCCUGGCUCCCCGAAGAGUCCUGUUGGGAUUCUGAGAGAGAUCCAGAUCAACUUGCUGGAGUGUAAAGUCUGCUUCGAGAAGUUCAGCACUCAGCAGAGGGAGCGCAGACCACAGAACCUUUCCUGUGGCCAUGUACUCUGUCUGGAAUGCAUCACGGCCCUGUCCCACCCUCUCCUGAGGAAGCUGGAGUGCCCGUUCUGUCGGCAGCUGUGCAGCGUUGACAGCACCUCCCACUGCCAGGUUCUUAGUGACCUGCAGGAGCUGCUGUUCCAUUGGAGUCCCACAUCCUCUGCUCCUCCACACAGGGCCAAGAGAAGCUUUGGCUUGGCUGCAGGUCUGACAUCCACAGCUCUGCACCUCUGUGCAGUUUUUGGCGGAUGGGGGACUCUCAUCAACCCCACUGGCAUAGCUGUUCUGGGGUCCGCGGGGACGAUAGUGGUGGUGCAUGAUGGAGAGAAGAGGGUGGUGGUAUUCAGCCCACAGGGCAAGGAGCUGCACAGUUUCGGACAAAGAGGACGUGGCAGUGGGGAGAUCGGUUAUCCAGUGGAUGUGGCGGUGACUCCCUGUGGUUACAUGGUGGUGACGGAUGCAGGAGAUAAAGCUGUGAAGGUUUUCACUUCCAGGGGAAACCACGUGUUGACAGUCAAAGACUCCUUCCACAUGCCCUGGGGUGUGGACACAGACAGCGGUGGGCACAUCUUGGUCUCAGACGUCCAGGCCGGCACACUGUCCCAGGUCAAAGUGGACUAUGCCCGAGGCCUCAUCCUGGAGCAUCAGACAGCCAUUUCAGACCUGCAGAGUCCAAAAGCAGUGACUUGCUGUCAGGUGACUGGGAACACUGCAGUGAUGGAGCAUUUACCUGAUGACCAACUUCCUGCACACAGGCACCAACGCACCAGGCUGAGAGUGUUUUCAAAAGACUUCCACCUCCUUCAUGAGACGGACAGUUUCAGCCUCAUGCUGCAGUCCUCAGUGAGGCUGAACAUGUCCGGCGUGGCGUUCGACAGAGAUGGAGAUGUCGUCGUGAUCGACUCCGAUCAGGGGAUGAUUUGGAGUUUGGGGAAGCUCCAGAAUGGACCGGCCUUGACUCCUCUGGUGGGAGACCACCUCAUCCGCCCAGCUGGUCUGGUGUCUCUGAACAACACGCUGGUUGUUCUGGACAGCGGAGAUCAUACAGUGAAGAUGUAUUCUGCUAAAUCUGAUGCUGGGCCAGUCAUAUAGCUCAGUAUGAAAAGGCCUAGAAGAGUCUGUGUGAAAUGUAGCUGAUAUUAUAGAGUCAUUAGUUGAUAAUACCAUUGACACUUUGACACUGAAUCUAAUAAAUAUGACUAUGAGGCAAUACGUGGUUUAGGCGACUUUAUGCUUUGUUUUGCACAUUAUGAAAUCAAUGUAUGUGAAAAAAUAUAAGACAGGAUAUAUGUUGUGCAGUAAUGUCAGACUAAUAUUUUUGUAUAUUGUCAAUGUCCCAGCUUUUAAUAAUAAAAUUGUGUUAAUUAUUAAUACAUAGCUGGUUUCCCAACCAGUGGGUCAAGACCUUUCAAAGGGGUCCCAAGAAUAAUCUGAGGGGUCAUGAGAAGAUUAAAGGGGUUAAGAAUAAAUAUAUGAAUAAAUUAUAAAUAAUCGGCUACAUUAACAUGAUCAACAUCACAAUAAACUGAAGAACGAGUGAAGUGAUUUGAAUACAUGUUAUCCUGUAUUGUGAUUGUUGUAUAUCGUGUUUUAUAAUUUGUGUUUCACUACGCUGUGAUUUUGUAUGGCUGCUACCUUGGCUGAGAACUGAUUUUCAGUGGGAUUUCCUGGUAAACAAUAAAUGAAAUACUUUUUUUCUGUUUUCUUAUACUGGAUAGUUUCACCUUUUGGGGCUAGACAAUCAAAGCGGGAUAAAAAAAAAAAUCACUCUUGGCUGAACUGCUCACAGUUCAUGUCAAUGAGGCCGUAAACCUGUGAUGACAGGUCGGACAAAUAGAAAUAGCGUCAUCUUCAUGGGGUCUUC